AUUGUGCAAAGGCUUUUCGGUAAGCCCAAUUUACCCUUCUUUUCCGAGACUGAAAAUUCUUGUGUCCCUGUCUCUGUUUUUCUUCAAUCCCUUCCGACAAAGACCCUCGCUCCCGCUUCCCCUUCCAAUCUUUCUGUCUCUAUCUCUCCGUUCAAUCCAUGGUCGUGGAUCAUCGGAAAGGGUUCUUUCGGGGUAUAAAGCCUUUUUGAAUUGAUUUUAUUGAUCAUAUGACUUAGAGAUUUGGUUGACGUACUGAAGUUAGGGUUUUGAAAUGGAUAGUUUGGGUUUGGGCGGUGGGUUUUUGUCGGGUUCGAGUGGUGGGAUAUUGGACCUGGAGGCAUCAAUUCAUAGGCACCAACAGACCCAUUUGGGGCAGCCACAGCAAACCCAGCAGCAUCACAUGAAUGUGAUGACUGGUGGUGCUGAAAAUGAUAACUCCAUCGGUUGUUCGGUCCCAAAAUGUAUUGCAAUGAAUUGUGGUCGAGGGAAGGCCAUUAGCCCGGUUAAUGCUGCAACUAACAACACUACGAGCGAUGAGGAUGAGCCAAGUUUUGCUGAAGAUGGAUCUGGUGAAACCUUGAACGGUCUUAAGGGGAAGAAAGGGUCUCCGUGGCAGCGGAUGAAAUGGACCGACAGUGUUGUUAGGCUUCUAAUAGCAGUAGUUGCGUAUGUUGGGGAUGAUGGUACGCCGGAGGCUGUGGAGGGGCUGAAGAGGAAGUCUGGGAUUUUACAAAAGAAGGGUAAGUGGAAAACAGUCUCGAAGAUUAUGAUAAGUAGGGGUUGUUGUGUUUCCCCCCAGCAGUGUGAGGAUAAGUUUAAUGACUUGAACAAGAGGUACAAGCAGCUGAACAAAAUUCUCGGGAGGGGAACUACCUGCAGGGUGGUGGAGAACCCAAGCCUACUGGACUCCAUGCCCCAGUUAUCAGCUAAGGUGAAGGAUGAUGUGAGAAAAAUAUUGAGCUCAAAACAUUUGUUUUAUAAGGAAAUGUGUGCAUACCAUAAUGGACAGAGGAUACCUAACUGUCAUGAUCUUGAUCUGCAAGGGCAUUCUUUACCUGUUGCAAGGUGCUCCAAGGACACUAAUGGCUCUGAAGGGGAAGAAGCUGAAGAGCAUGGUGACUGUGACGAUGAUGAAUUGGACAAUGAAUACGAUAAUAAUGCUUUUGGGAAUGGAGAGAGGUUGGGGGAGGCCAGUGAUAGGAAGAAAGUGAAUGAGGAGGGAAGCACUAUCUGGUCACAGUAUGGUGGUGGACAGGGUGGUUUUGAAGCUGAAAUGGCUGGGAUUUUUCAAGACCCCACAAAGUCACUGUGGGAGCAGAAAGCGUGGAUAAAGAAUCGGUUGUUGCAACUUCAAGAGCAAAGAAUAAGCAUUGAGGAGGAAGCUUUUGAGUUGGAGAAACGGCACUUUAAGUGGCUGAGAUUCCGAAGCAAGAAAGACAGGGAGAUGGAGAGGCUGAGGUUGGUGAAUGAGAGAAUGCAACUAGAGAAUGAGCGGAUGGCUUUACAGCUGAAGCAUAAAGAUAAGGAAAUGGAGUUUGAUCUAAAGAGGUCAGAAGCACCUUUGGACCCCGGUUCUCUUGGCAUCGAAAGGCUGCAAGGAAGAGAUCAGAUAGAUUUGGGUAGGCUUCAGUAACUCCUGUUGGAAGGUUUUAUAAUUUAGUAUCGGAUCUCAAACGGUAUCCUGCUAAUCCAUCCUACUUCAAAACGUUAAAAUAUAAAGAAUGUACUAACAUUGUCAUGAACUUUGUAGCCCUUUAGAUGUACUUUGAAAUGGCUGACUUCUUAUCUGUCGAGCUUUCUUAUGUAAAAAUUAAGAAGCACAGCAGGUGUUUUUCUUUCCCCAUUUGCUUUUCCCCCAUAUUUUUCUCUCGUCUUAGGUGCGAGGCCAUGUACGAGGUGUUUUAAGUUCUCGUUAUUAUCUGCUUAGCUUUUGAACUGUAUAUUUGCUAAACUUGUUGAGAUACAAACUGAAGGAAUUCUUGAUUCCUUCAUUGAAUGUGAAUGAUACAAUGUCCUUUGAGUUCAUGG